AUGCUAUGUCCAGAGACGUUAUCAGCGUCAAAGGACAACUUUAUGAAUUUAUGUGAAUUCCGUUUGGUGUUUCAAAUGGUUGAAGCUGAGGAAGAGUAUACAGAACAGAUGGGUACGCUUGUAAGUUGUUUUUUGAGGCCUUUCAAAAUGGCAGCGAGUUCAAAAAGGCCACCUUGCAGUCAUGAAGAUGUGAAUAGCAUCUUUUUGAAUAGUGAGACUGUACUAUUUUUACAUCAGAUAUUCCUCAAAGGUCUAACGUCACGUAUGGAGAGUUGGCCAACUUUAGUACUCGGUGAUUUGUUCGACAUGCUGCUACCAAUGUUAUCGAUUUAUCAGGAGUACGUCAGAAAUCAUCACUAUAGUCUUCAGGUAUUAACAGAGUGCAAGCAAUCAGCACCGUCGUUUGCAGCUCUGCUAUCUCGGCUUGAGAAUAAAAUGGCCUGUCGUGGUAGAUCUCUCGAGACAUUUCUUACUUACCCCAUGCAUCAGGUACCACGGUACAUAAUAACACUUCAUGAAGUAUUGGCCCAUACACCUCAUGACCAUGUAGAAAGAAAGAGUUUGCAAAACGCCCGUCAGCAGUUGGAAGAUUUAUCAAGGCAGAUACAUGAUGAAGUCAGUGAAACGGAAAAUUUACGCAAAAAUUUGGCAGUCGAGAGAAUGAUCGUGGAGGGCUGUGACAUUCUUCUAGAUGUCAAUCAAGUUUUCGUGAGACAAGGAACCCUAAUACAAAUUGUAGAUAAGCCACGAGGUGUACGUGGUAGACUAAGUGCAACUUUUGGCAGUAAAGCUAGUGGUGAUAAGGAAGUACUCAGACAGUGUUUCCUAUUUUCCAAUCAUCUUAUAUUGACUACACGACAAUCUGACGACGACGGUCGACUGAAUCUCGUUCCUGCAAUAGGUAAAAUUCCGCUAUCUGAUGCCAUACUCAUCGAGGAUCCCAGUGAUCCCAGUGCUGCCGAUGAUGAUGAAUUGUCUGUAUGCUCUAUGUCGAGUGGAAUCAGUGAGAGCAGUGGAAGUGGAAGUGGUGGCAACCCUCUUGGCAAUCGUGAUUUCAAAAUUACAUUGGACAUGAAGUCUGGCGGACCUCCAAUAUCCCUUCAUCUUCUAGCUACAACGAUGCAGGAAAAAGCAGCCUGGGUCAGUGAUAUCAGUCAAUGCAUGGAUAAUGUACACUUUAAUGACCUGUUGCGUAGUUCACUAUCCGACACGAGCUCCGUACCGAUGCCACAAUCAGUUAGAAAUGAUCCUAAAUUAUUUAAAGAUGACGUAGAUAUCAGAUUUAGUCGUACCUUGAACUCAUGCAAAUUACCCCAAAUACGAUACGCUACACCAGAGAAGUUACUCCAACGACUCACUGACUUGAGAUUUCUCAGUAUUGAUUUCCUGAAUACUUUUUUACUGACAUAUCGAGUGUUUACCGAUGGUGUUACUGUGCUUGAGGCACUUAAGAAAGUUUUUUAUGAGGCUGAACCACCAGAUGGACAAAUGCCCUGUGGUUCACUAGUAUCAUUGGAUUGCGUCGCAAAUUUGAUUGGGGAAGGACUACUACACGUUGAUGACAGAAGAAGAAGCAGUUUCUCACCAAGAAGGACCAGUGGCGCCAGUUCUAUUUCUGGAUAUGGGUCAGAGAUUAGCGAUUGUCGAGAUGUAAGAAGUCAAGUCCACUUUGAUUCAGUCGUGGGUGCACAAAUGGCAAGUUCAAAGAGCCAUUGGCGUACUGGUUAUCGCAAGUUGGAGGAAGAACAACCGUUGGGUUUGAUCUCUGAACUGCCGCCAAUAAUAAAAGAAAGCCCGAUACUACAAUUACCAGGGUCAUUACCUGGAAAACAAUCACCCAAGGGUAGCAGAAGGGUCAGUAUCAAGCAAGAAGACUCAGAGGAAGAUGGGAGUCACUUAACAAUUCCAAAAGUCAUCAAAGGAUCAUCCAGUUCCGAGACUCUCAUUGGUGAUAUUCCACCAUCCAAUGCACCAUCGUCUCCGAGCAAUCUAAGCUCAGUGACGCUAAUAGGAUCAACAGGUUCAGAAUCUGGUUCGGGAUCAGAUCCCAGUCCUCAAGACGGUAAUGUAACAUACUCAGGAACUCUAUCGGAAGAGCGAAGUACUUCAACAAUCUCGGAAAUGACAUCCAAAUAUGACAUACAUUUUACCUAUGAGGAUUAUCCACAUCCAUCACCAAUGUCCCCGAGGGUGACUGUUCAAUCUAAAUCAAUGAGGCCACCACACAAUCAGAGACGAAACUCGGAGAAAGACUAUGUAUGGACUGACGAGGAGUCCACUUCAUCAAACGAUUUUCAGUUCAAUUUUCAGCAGAUUGAAAAGUACUCACAGCAGCAUCGUGCUUCAGUGGUUUCAGCUCCAACGACUUCCAUGCGAACACAGUGUGAAGAUCAAAUGGACGAUCAUGGUGAAGAUCAAAUGGACGGUCAAAUGGAUGGUCUGGCUACUCUGUCAAGGACCAUUUUUUCAGGGGGCACUAGCUCAGUCAAGCUGACAUCAAAGGCACGAGAAAGGAACAUAGAACUCAUGAAGAAACGGAAGAAUAGGAUGAACACUUCACGAUCGACAAUAACGAAAGAGGCGAUUCAAACGAUGGCAUCUCAAAUGACCCCAAAGGAAAUCACUCGUUUAAGACAUUUUGAAAAAGACCACAAGAGGUUGGACCAAGCAUUGAGGCGGUGUCAGAAAGAAUUGGAGGUUAUGAAGAAAAGAAAUGAGCGUUUACAUUUCAAUGAAAACUGGGAUGGAUUGAAUAUGGUUCAAAAGGUAUUCAUGGAGAUGCAGUUGAUGAAUGUUGGCAGGAAACCCAAGGUACGUCCAAGAUCAAUUUAA